AUGGUAGCUCAUCGCCUAAGUCAUCGCGCACAUCAACUAAUGGCACAGCACGAGCCACGAAUUGUCCCCUGGAGAUAUAAGUCUGAUCUCGAUGGGCUAAAGCGGGCCUUUUACCCUAAGAAGUUUGGCACGGCAGACCGACGCCGAGAAGCUGUGGUGAAGGUCAGAUGUUGGAACACUCGAGGGCCAUACGUUCCACACACGGUGGAGUCGACUGCGCACCUCGCGGAAACCAAGAUGCUAGACGAGCAGGCACUCUUGAGUGGGAUACCGCUACAGCUGAGCUACACAAUGGCUAUGAUACGGUUCGUGAACGGGCUGCUGGAUCCUACUCAGCAGUCCCAGUUUGCGAUCCCGCUACACACACUGGCGGAGCGAAUGGGACUGCCGUCGUGGUUUGUGGAGUUGCGGCACUGCGGCACUCACGAGCGCGAACUGCCUAGUCUGGACAUGUUGCGACUGGCAAGCGAAAGUGCAUUGGAGUGGCUAUGGGAGCACUACUGGGACGCCGAUGAGGAGCCCGCGCAAGAGGAAGAAGAGCAGGAGCAGACCCCAGACGUGUCUGCCGAGACUGUGGAGCGUGUGCUCCGAAAGGCUUCUUCCAUCGCAAACUUACUAACGGCGAACGGGAACAUGUGGAAAACACAGCGCGUGUCGUCGAGCUUCACGGGUGAGCAGGACCCGCAGCAGAAAAGACAGAAGCGAGCAGAGAAGCCGGAGGAGCGGCUGGAAAGGUUUGUACUGGCCGCGAAGGACGCAUGGCGUUCCGUGAAAGCGCGCCCAGACGUGUUCGUUGGGGCCCUCAUGCGCAACUACCGCAGCCGCCAGGGCCCCGUGCUGGAGCUGCUGGCGGACCGCAUCCAGCCUUUCGGCUUCGAGCUGUGUCGCUGGGUGUGCGAAAACUACGACGCAGCCAUAAAACAGGGCCACAGCCCGCUGCGCGCCAGGUUCGACGCCGCGCGGCUGCGCGCGCUCCUGGGCCAAGUGUGCGACACGACGCUGGAUCUCAAGAAAGUGCUGGCGCACUGGGACCGUUGGGCCGAGAUGCUUCGUGCGCAUCCCAACUACGUGGCGCUGAAGUUGCUGGAGGGCUGCGAGCAGCAGCUCCAGAACGCGGCAGACAAGUUGCGCAAGAGGCACGCUCGCGAGGUGGACGAGCUCCGGGCUCUAGCCCAGCGACUGCGUGCAUGCGUUGUAAGUUCCGAGUUUAACAUGUACCAACUUGCCCAACCUCAGCCGCAGGACGCCUCACCAGCGGAGUCAGCGCCAACAGUACCACAAGCACAGCCGGUGCCGUCGGCGAACGACAUCCUCAAUGACCUAGCACAACUAAAGAAGACGGCUCAGCAUCGUCGUGCGAUCCGCGCAUGGGACCCUGCGCCAGACUGGACGCCAAGGCCCUUCGGCACAGUAUAG